UCAAAGUCACUCCCGGCGUUUCAUUCAUUCAAACUGACCACAGGUCAACCUGCUGGAACCGCGGGAAACCCUCUUCGACUCUCAGAAACACAUCAACAACAAAGGUUUGUCUGGACUUCUGUGCAGAAACAACAGGAUGUGGAACAAGGAGAAGCAGAGUCCGCCUGCCGACCGGGGACAUGCCGUCGCCAUCAUCAUCUUCUUACUUGGUUUGGGAACUCUGCUGCCGUGGAACUUCUUCAUCACGGCCUCCCAGUAUUUUAACGGACGCCUCAUGGUUGCAAACGCCACCUCUAACGCCACGUCAGGCGGCGCCACUAAAGAUUACAACUAUGACAGCUGGAUGGCUUUGCUUUCCCAGCUGCCCCUGCUGCUCUUCACGCUGCUCAACUCUUUCCUGUAUCAGUGGGUGAAGGAACGCAUCCGUGUGGCCUUCAGCCUGAUCUUCAUCUUCCUCCUCUUCUCCCUCACUGCCGCUCUGGUCGAGGUCAACAUGCAGCCAGACACCUUCUUCUCCGUCACCAUGGCAACCGUCUGGUUCAUCAACAUGUUUGGCGCCGUGCUGCAGAGCGGUCUGUUCGGCGUGGUCGGCCUGUUCCCUCCUCGUUACAGCACUCUGUUCAUGAGCGGUCAGGGUCUGGCCGGGAUCUUCGCCGCCAUCGCCAUGCUCUGCUCCAUCCUCAGUAACGCAGACAGAAACUCGGCAGCGCUGGGAUACUUCAUCACUCCCUGUGUGGCCACUCUGGGGACUCUGCUCUGCUACCUGCUGCUGCCACACCUGGAGUUCGCUCGUUUCUACCUGAACAGGAGUCGGUCUGAUAAAGUGGACACGUCGAAGGAACUCCUCAGCAGCACAGAGAAAAAAGAUCUGGAAGCCAAAGGGAAGUUCGUCGGUGAGUCAGAGGAGAGUCAGGAGCGCUCGUCUGUCCUCGCCGUCUUCAAAAAGAUCUGGAUGAUGGCUCUGUGUGUGACGUGUGUGUUUGCCGUCACCCUGUCGGUGUUUCCCGUCAUCACAGUCCGAGUGCAGACCGUCUACAAGGACAACGAAGCCUGGAAACAAGUGUUCACCUGUGUUUGCUGCUUCAUCGUUUUCAACACCAUGGACCUGGUCGGUCGCAGCGCCCCGUCUCUCGUCCAGUGGCCGUCGAAGGAGAGCCGCCUGUUUCCCGUGGCCGUGCUGUCGCGUCUGGUCUUCAUCCCUCUGCUCAUGCUGUGUAACGUGGAGAACCCCAGACUCACCGUCCUCUUCACUCACGACUGCGCCUUCGUCACCAUCAUGGCUCUCUUCUCCUUCUCCAACGGAUACCUGGCGAGCCUCUGCAUGGCCUACGCUCCACAGUUGGUGCGGUACAAGGACUGUGAGACGGCCGGUUCUCUGAUGACCUUCUUCCUGGUCCUGGGUCUCGCUGUGGGAGCGUCUUUCUCCUUCCUACUGGGAAAACUGGUGACGGCUUGACCUCACGAAACUUUUACUGAUCCUCGUUAGGAAACUUUGGUCACUAGCAAAAAAAAAAGUGAAACACCACGUGUGACUGAAGUAAUAUCUCUUAAAAGAAAAAAAAAUGAACCAGAGUAAGAACACUUUGUAUAAAGACUUUUAUUUUGUUAACACAUUCAGAAACAUAUCUGCAUUUUUGCAAACUUUAUUUUUAGUCCAAAUACUGGUGAGAAAAAGGACAGAAACCUUCACAGAGUAAUUUCAUUGAAAAGCGUGUGGAGCAACCUCAGUGUAUUUUUAAGUAAACUGUUCAUGGAUUAUUGAAGGGAAAGUUUAUUAGUUUGUAUUUCUCUGCAGCUAUUAUCAGUUUUAUUUAAAGUCUUUUUAUUUUUAUGACAAAUUAUUUAUAUGUGCUUUUUUUUGUUGAUAUAUUGAUCAACUUAAAUCACAUAUAAAUCAUGUAACUGUAUCCCUGCUUUUAUUGUGAAGACGUGACCAUUUCAAAAGCAGCACAGGAUUUCCAGUCGACACCGUUUCGUCCUCACAGCUGUCACAGCUAAAAUCAACCAUUUUCUCCUUUGGUGCCUUGCUUUAUGACGGCACUGCUUACAUCACAGCGACACAGCGCUCCUAUUGGCUGUAAAGGAAGCUGUGUUGCUGGCUGACAGGUCAACAGAUUAACAGAAGCCUCACACUGAAUUUAUACUUCAUGUUACUGUUUUUAAAAAUUAUUUUUAUUGUAAUUUAUCUUGUUUUGUGUUAUGAACUGUUUUUUAUAUUGACUUUUUUUAUAUUAUCUUUUUAUAUCAUACUGUUGUGCCUGUUUGUAUUGAUUCUGUAUCAGUUUGUUUUUAUACCUGAAAACAUCUUUAUUACUUGCUUGUA